CGCACUAAUUAACGCUCGACUUCCCCACUCUGCUCACUCCAGUCCAGUGCACACCCCACCCACCAGCAAAUCCGAUCCAGAAAGCUGCUCAAAAUUUUGGAGAUUUAGACAGGGAGGAGAGCUGGAGGAGGGGGAAUGGCGGACUGGGGCCCGGUGAUCGUGGCGACGGUGCUCUUCGUGCUGCUCACGCCGGGGCUGCUCUGCACGCUGCCGGGCCGCGGCCGGGUGGCCGAGUUCGGCAGCCUGCACACCAGCGGCCUCUCCAUCCUCGUCCACGCCGUCGUCUACUUCGCGCUCGUCACCAUCUUCCUCAUCGCCAUCGGCGUCCACGUCUACGUCGGCUAGCCCACUGAUUCGGGAUCGUCCACACUUAUUUAUUUGGCUAAAGAUCUGGCUGGUUCUUGAUCGAACUAUGUAUGUAUGGUCUUGUACUGUGAUUUCGCGGUGUAUUUGGUUAUAAACUUUGAGUAAUCGGCGGGCGGUAAAGAUCCGCGAUGCUGCAUAUGUCGUGUUGCCCUCAA